UUCAAAAUGGCUACCACAGUGUUGUCAAUGUCAGGAACAUCAAUUAAAAUGUUAAACUAUUGUCUUAAAAAUGACGUUUGUGUUCAUGGUAUGAAAACAGGAUUUACUGGUGCAUCAUUGAGAAGACUUUCUAUGUAUUUAAAACAUUCUUGCCAUAAAACGAAAAAGGAAAGUCUAUGUACUGCAAAAGUGAGAUCCCAUGGCCUACCAUACCUUGGACAGAGAUUCAAGGGCAGACAGGCUGAAAAAGACCUCAACUCACCAUCCACACAUCCAUACACUUUAGUAGAAAACCAUCUUAAUGGGAUUACCUGCAGAAUUAAGCAGGAUUUGAAAGCAAUAGAUCAUGAGCUACUGCAUGUUUCGGAGUACUACUUUGAUGGCCAGGGCAAGUUGUUUCGUCCAAUGUUGAUCAUGCUGAUGGCAAAGGCUGCCAACUUCCAUGAGACUCAGAUGGACAGGCUUUUAGCUAGCCAGGAAAAAAUCGCUAUGAUAGCAGAGAUGAUUCACACAGCCAGUUUAAUGCAUGACGAUGUAAUAGACGCGGCUGACUCUCGUAGAGGCAAACCCUCCAUCAAUCAAGUGUGGGGACAGAGAAAAGCAAUAAUAGGGGGAGACUUUGUGAUGGCGAUGGCAUCUAUAGAGCUUGCACGUAUACGGAAUGAAGACGUGGUCUCAGUGGUGGCUCAGAUUACUGAGGAUUUAGUCAGAGGUGAGUUCAUGCAGCUGGGGUCCAAGGAGAGAGAGGAGGAGAGAUUCACACACUACCUCAAUAAGUCUUUCAAAAAAACUGCCAGUCUUCUCGCAAACAGCUGUAAAGCGGUGGCUAUCCUAGGCCAGUGUGAUGAAGGCGUGGCAGAAGUGGCCUUUGAAUAUGGCAAGAAUAUAGGCAUUAGUUUCCAGCUGAUAGAUGAUCUGCUUGACUUCACAUCAUGUGAUCACGUGAUGGGAAAGCCAACAGCCGCUGAUCUCAAGCUAGGGCUGGCUACAGCCCCUGUGCUGUUUGCAGCCAAGAAAUAUCCCGAGCUCAAUGCCAUGAUCAUGAGGAGGUUCACAGAGGAGGGGGACGUGGAGACUGCCAGACAACUUGUGGCAAAGAGUGACGGUGUGGCUGAGACAAGGGAGCUGGCCCAGAAUCACAGCCGGGAAGCGGUACGACAGAUUCAUACUCUGACCAACUCAAAGUACACGACGGCCCUGGAGAGGGUUGCUGACAUGGUCUUGUCUAGGAACAAAUAACGCUGUUGAAGCUUAGGACUUACAUUUUCAAAUUAAUUUUAGUGUGUUGUACUGUACAAGUCUUAUGCUGAGUUUUAUACAGAGACGCUCUGUGUUUUAUGCAGGGAUGUGAUAUCUCCUCCUUUCAGCCUAUUUGCUUCCUUUCAAUGCCUUUCAAUGCCAAACCAAUAUUACUAAUAGAACCUAAGUUUGCUUGAACUAUUUUAAGAUGAAGAGUUUAUUUGAACACAAAAGGAGAUUUCAUAAUUAUGUAAACUCUGAAUUUUCCACUGCAGAGUUCAAAUAGCACACCCCUGUUUUGUGUUAAUAGAAGUCAGAUACAAGUUCCAUUUGUUAUAAAUUAUUACAUGUUAAUGGAUACAUUGAAAUGUUUGUUUUUUUUACUUUUACAUACAUACUUUGUACUUAAUAUUGUUAUGAUGAUUUAAUAUUAAUUAUCAUAUACUAUUUUCAUUGAAUAAGAAAUUUAAGUGCUGACAUUCCUUGCAAGUAAAAGCAUUUAUAAGCUCUACUGGGCACAAAGUGAUAAUGGGCAGCUUUAAGGAUACCAUGUUGUCUGUCAGUCCAUGCGUUAGUGCAUCCAUGAUUUUUUUCAUCUUAUCACUUUUCCUCUGAACGGCCAAGCAGAUUUCAAUGAAAUUUCACAAGAAUGAUCCUUAGGUGACCCUCUUGCCUUGUUGUUCAUAUCGUUCCUGUCUAUUUCAUAUGGAGGUAAACAGGGCUAAAAAUAAGAUUUUAACACAUGGGUGAGGGCUUAAAUAUUGAUAGUAAAGAUUUUCUAGUGUUACACUACUUUGUUCCAGGCAUUACCCUGGGACCAAAAAUUGCGAUACCCCAGGGAUCAAAAGAUUUAUAAAGACCUAUAUGGCGAAAUGGCUUCAAAAUAUUACCGUAAUUACUCUGUUUUCGGACACCCCUUUUUUACCAAAAAUAAUUAUUUUUUGUGACUUAAUUUUUGGACACACAAGUUUUUGUCCAUAAGUCUCUAAGUUUUCGGACAGUAUAUUUUACAGGGCUAUUUUACCAAAUUUCGAUCCUGUUAUCGAUAUCUAAUGACACUUCGAUCAUGGGGUUUUACAACCAGAUUAACAUUAUAAAACAUGGCAGGUGCAUGCCUGAAGGCAACAGACCAUUACAUUUGCGUUAUUGGGUAAAUAACCUUGUAAACAAUGGUUUCGCCCGAUAGCAUAAGCGUUUUGACUAUUACCAGGGUAUUGCAAGUUCUAUGAACAAUGGAAGGUGUUAGACAACAACUAUCCGAAAUGAACAAACAAAGAAUUCAUAGUUUGCUUUUUUAUUGUGUUAAUUACAGGUUCAUACUAGCCAGUAUGGGUACAUCACAUGCUUAUCUUUGAACUCGUUGGUCAAAGUACAACAUUGUAGUAACUUUCUGUCAAAUAAAUUAAGCAUUUAAAAUUAUUUAGAAUGCAGUGCAAACAUAUAUAACUGUAAUUUAUACUUUAGGGCAUGAUAUUUUACAAGCGCGUGCUAUUACAGGUAGUCGUUGAUACUAUUGACGCUUUUUUCGGACACUUCAAUUUUCGACUCGAAAGUUUUCGGACACCUGUAUUUUGUGAAUAUUUUUGGUAUCUAAGUUUUCGGACUCGUAAAAUUUAUAAUAUUUUUAAGUGUCCGAAAACAUAGAGUAAUUACGGUACUCGCUAAAAUGAACCCAAAGGUGUAAUAUUUGGAAUGUAACAUUAUAUGACCAUUUUCUAAGCUUAAAAUUGACCCGGGCUAUCUUGUUUCCCUUAUUUGUAUAAAUGUAAAUUGAAAACUUUAAACUCUCUGAAACCUCAAGGCACAGAGGUUUGAUAUUAGGAUUGUAACAUCAUACAUUGGUUCUCUUCCAAGUGUGUUCAAAUGUCUUUUGGGUUAAAACUGGACCAGUCAAGGGGUUACUAGUUAUUCCUUUAUGUUUGUAGUGAAAACUUCUCCUUUAAAAUUGCAAUGCACAGAGGAUUGUAUUUUGGAAUGUAACAUUUUAUGGUGUUCCUUGUGGUCAAAAAUGGCGCCACGCCCCAGGGGAUACUUGUUUUCCUGAUAUUUAUUAAGGGAAAACCUUAAAAACGUCUAUGCUGAAACAGCAAUGCUCGAGGAUUGAUUUUGGGCAUGGAACAUCUUAUGGUUGGCCUCCACCAUGUUAAAAACAUGAUUGUUGGAUCACAAGAGGAUCGCUCUGGGGUUAACUUGUUUCCCUUAUAUGUAUGUAGGGCUAUAUUGAAAAUCUCUUAAAAUGCAAUGCACAGAGGUAAGAUAUUUUGAAUUGUAUGGUGGUCCUUUACUAAGUUUGCUCAAAUCAUGCUCUAAGGGUAAAAUUGGUCUUGCCUAAGGGUUACUUGUUCCCAUAUACAUAUCGGUAUAUAUUGAAAACUUAAAAACAUAAUCAAAAAAUCUCAAAGCUCACAGGUUUGGUACAUGUACUUGGUAUGUAAGACUGUAUAGUGUGAUCAGUUAUGUUUCACCAUGGGUUGACCUGUUUCCCAUAUAUUUGUAUGGUAAACAGCCUAGCACAGAGAUUUGGUAUGUUACAUUUAUUGGUGGUUCCUUUACCAAUUUUUUUAUCCUUUGGUUCAAAAUUGGUAUUACCCUGUGGGUUACUUGUAAUGAUAUUGCUGCAUUGUAAAACAAUGGUUGCAGACAGUGAAAAAACAUGAUGCCAGGGUAAUGAAAGAUUCUUGUCUUUGUGAAACAAUCUGAAAACUCUGGAAGUUUAUCCUUUUUUUUUAGUAUUUAUUAAACUUGCUUAGAAUAUCUGAUCUUAUUAAAACUUGUCUUGAUUUGAAAGAGUUUCCAAAACAUUACGAAUUGUCAAAAAAGGUCAUUUCCCUGAAGUCCCAGGUGAGCAACUUAGGACCUAUGGCCAUCAUGCAUUAUGGUUUGUUAAACAAAACUCUUACCUCAAGAAGUGUGUGUAUAACUAGUCCCAUGAAAUUCAUGCUGCUGUCAGUACAUUUUGCUUUGUAACAUUGCAUACCUUUGCACUACAUGUGCAUACCUUUGCACUUCAUGUGCAUACCUUUGCACUUCAUGUGCAUACCUUUGCACUACAUGUGCAUAC